GCGGGCCGGCGGCGGGGAGCACUGUUAUGCUAAUGGUUGUUUUGCUCGGCCUCGCGGGGAGCGGGGUUUAAAAGCGGGGCGGCCGGGGGCCGCGGCGCACAGACGGAAGGCAGGGCCGGCCGCAGAGCGGACGGGCCGGGCGGCGAGGAGCGGAGCGGCGGGGGGGGGGGGCGCCCAGCCCACCGCACCCACCCACCCCGCGUCCUCCCCGGCGGCGAUGUCCAACGUGCACCUCUCCGGCGCCGCCGCGCUGGAGCGCCUGACGGCCCGGCGGGCGCUGGCCGGGCCCGGCCGCAGCCCCGCCUGCAGGACCCUCUUCGGGCCGGUGGACCACGAGGAGCUGGGCCGGGAGUUGCGCAGCCGGCUGCGGGAGAUGGGAGAGGACGACCAGCGCCGCUGGGACUACAACUUCCACACCGACACGCCGCUGCCGGGGCCCGGUCGCCUGCGCUGGGAGGAGGUGGAGGGCGGCGCCGUGCCCGCGUUCUACCGGGAGACGCUGCAGAUUUCUUCGCGAGGAGGAAACGGCCGGCGGAGCCCAAAGCAGCGGCGGAGCGCCCCGCCGGCUGCCCGCCGCCCCCCGCCGGCGCGCCGGCUGAGCAGACCCCCCGCAAGCGGCUCCGGUGAGCCAGACUUUUGCACUACGGCACCCACGGGAGGGGCGUGCCGCCCCCGGAGGCGCGGCGAGCCGGGACCCCCACGCCCGUCCGGCCGGGCAGCGGCAGCGGGAGCCGGGCGGAGCGGAGCGGGGCGCCCGCCGGCCGCGCACGGAGCAGUGUUAGCGUCCGACUGUGCAAUGUAUUCCGCUCUGUAUAGAGACGCGUUAUGCCUAAUGUGAGUACACUGGCCAGAAGUGUAAAGCUUUAAAAGUCAUUUAUAAGAAAUGUUUAAUCUCUGCUGAGCUCUCAGUGCAAACAAAAAAGAAUGGAAAAAAGAAAAAUGAAAAAAACGACUGUAUAUUUGUACAAAACUGUUUUUAAGAGUUAUACUAACUUAUAUUUCUAUUUAUGUCAGAAAUGUGGAUAACUUUGACAUCCAAUAGUCUUUUUUUUUUUCUUUUGGUUAAGCCAAAGGGCACUAUAUUUCCUUUCGUUAUUUACAAAAUGUAAAUUUAUUUUUAUAGUGGGAAUUGUUUUUUUUUUUUGCAUUCUCAAGAUGUAGCUAUGAAUCAAAAUUAAUUUAGAUUUUACUUGAAGACAAAUCUGUUUCAAUGGUUCCUGAGCCGGUCUGUACCACUGCCCUUGCAAAUAAUGCCACAACUUCAAUAAUAAAUAAAACAAAAUAAAGCCA